UUGUUUGGAGUCUGAACUUGCAUAUAGGUUAUAUUAGCUCUGAUUAAUAAAUGAUCAAAAUUCUACAUUUUUAAUCCAAGUGUAUUGUUAAAAUUAAAAAAUGGGGGAUAUAAAAUCCUUUUUUCAUCAAUGGUGUGCAAAAAAUAGCAGAGAACCACAAUUUGACGUUAGACCAACAGGACCGAAACAUCGACAGCGAUUUCUUUGUGAAUUGCGCGUACCCGGAUUUGAUUAUGUUGGUGCCGGAAAUUCAACCAACAAAAAAGAUGCUCAAGGAAAUGCAGCUAAAGAUUAUGUUAAUUACUUAGUUCGUGCAGGACAUGUAAAUGCAGAUGAUGUUCCAAAAGAUACAGGAUACAUUCAAUCACAAGAUGCAGUACCUAUUAAAUCAGAAUCUGUUAGUCCAGUUAGAUCUGUGUUUCAAGAUGGAAUGGGUCCAAAUGAUAUAGGUCAAGCAUAUAGAGCUUAUAAUGAACAUGGUCAAAGCAAUUAUACUUAUAUUGAUAGAAUAGCAGAUCAAAAAAAAGUUGAAGAUGCAGAAGAUGUCGAUGUAAAUUCCGGAAUUCAUGGAAAUUGGACUAUAGAAAAUGCUAAAUCAAAGCUUCAUCAAUUUAUGCAAACUAACAAAAUUAAUGCUGAUUACAAAUAUACCCCACUUGGUCCAGAUCAUACUAGGAGUUUUAUGGCUGAAAUGACAUUUUAUGUAAAACAACUUGGGAGAAAUAUCACUGGCCGUGAAACUGGUUCAAAUAAACAAACAGCAUCAAAAAGUUGUGCUUUGUCUCUUGUUCGACAAUUGUAUCAUCUUGGUGUUAUUGAGGCAUUUAGUGGAACUUUGAAAAAAAAUAAGGAAGCCGAACAAAUAAAACCAUAUCCAGUUAAAAUUUCACCAGAUUUGAUAAGUCAGAUACAUGAUGUUCUGCUAAGUUUGAAUAUAACACCUAUUCCAGUGAAACAAGCCUUAUGUGUAAAGGAACAGAGUGAUCCAUCUAAUGUUUCUAUCUCUUUAUUAACAAAUCAAGUAUUAGAUGAUUUUAUCUCAUCUGCACCACAACCAGCUGGAGUAGUAAGUUGGUCUCCACCACAACAAAAUUGGAAUCCAUGGACUGGUUGCAAUAUUGAUGAGGGAAAAUUGGCUGUAACGACCUUAGAACAAAUGUCAGAAGAGUUACUACAUGAACAACGAGAAAGAUUGCAACAAGAUGAUAGUCUUCAAAAGAGUAUUAAAGAAAGAUCUACUUUACCAGUUUUCUUAAUGAAAAACGAAAUAAUGAAUGCUAUAAAUGAAAAUCCUAUAAUCAUUAUUCGAGGAAAUACAGGUUGUGGUAAAACAACUCAAGUGUGCCAGUUUAUUUUAGACGAUUAUAUUGCAUCAGGUCAAGGUGCAUUUUGCAGUAUUGCUAUUACACAACCUAGAAGAAUAUCUGCUGUAUCUGUAGCUGAUCGAGUUGCUUCAGAAAGAUGUGAAAAUCUAGGACAGUCUGUUGGUUAUUCUGUAAGAUUUGAAUCUUUUUUACCACGACCUUAUGGUAGUAUUAUGUUCUGCACUGUUGGCGUACUUCUAAGGAAAUUAGAAGGUGGAUUAAGAGGUGUAUCACAUGUUAUUGUUGAUGAAAUUCAUGAACGAGAUGUUAAUUCUGAUUUUAUUAUGGUAGUACUCCGUGACAUGAUUCAUAUGUAUCCAGAUUUGCGAAUUAUUCUAAUGUCAGCUACGAUCGAUACAACGUUAUUCAGUAAUUAUUUUAAUAAUUGUCCAGUAAUAGAAAUACCUGGUAGAUCGUAUCCUGUGCAACAAUAUUUCUUAGAAGAUUGUAUACAGUUAACAAACUUUGUUCCACCUAUGGAUUCCAAGAAACGGAAAAAUCGAGAUUCAGAUGAUUUACCGACGGAAGGAGAACCAGAAGAGAAUUUGAAUAAAGUUAUUGAUGCACGAUACUGCGUACAAACCAAGAAUGCUAUGGCACAGCUUACUGAAAAAGAGAUUAGCUUUGAACUUAUCGAAGUUCUACUAAAGUACAUUAAUAAGCAAGAUAUUCCAGGCGCAGUAUUAAUUUUUUUACCUGGUUGGAAUUUAAUAUUUGCAUUAAUGAAACAUUUACAGCAACACCCCACUUUUGGAGGACCAAAUUAUGUAAUUAUACCAUUGCAUUCACAAUUACCUAGAGAAGAUCAACGUAAAGUUUUCGACCCUGUAUUACCAGGAAUAACGAAAAUUAUUUUAGCAACAAAUAUUGCUGAAACCUCGAUCACAAUUAACGAUGUAGUUUAUGUAAUAGACUCUUGCAAAGCUAAAAUGAAACUUUUUACUUCUCAUAAUAAUAUGACGAAUUAUGCUACUGUUUGGGCUAGUAAAACAAACUUAGAACAAAGAAAAGGUCGAGCAGGUCGUGUUAGACCAGGAUUUUGUUUCCAUUUGUGUUCUAAAGCACGAUUUGAUAAAAUGGACGAACACAUGACCCCAGAAAUGUUUAGAACACCUUUACACGAGUUAGCAUUAAGUAUUAAAUUAUUGAGAUUAGGGAGUAUUGGAAAAUUUUUGUCAAAAGCAAUUGAACCACCCCCAAUAGAUGCUGUAAUUGAAGCUGAAGUCAUAUUACGUGAGAUGAAAUGCUUGGAUGAAAACAACGAGUUAACGCCUCUUGGUAAAAUAUUGGCUCGAUUACCAAUAGAGCCACGUUUAGGCAAGAUGAUAAUUCUAGGUUGUAUAUUUUGUGUUGGUGAUGCACUUUCAACAAUGGCUGCGAAUAGUACAACAUUUCCAGAAGUGUAUAAUAUGGGACCUGAUGUAAGACGAUUAUCCGCACAACAAAAAUGGUUUGCUGGUGCAAGAUAUAGUGAUCAUGUAGCAAUGUUACAUGCUUUUCAAGCAUGGGAAGAAGCUAGGAAUGGUGGAGAGUAUGUGGAACAAAUGUUCUGUGAUUCAAAAAAUUUGAGUAUGCCUACAUUGAAAGUAACAUGGGAGGCUAAGAAUCAAUUGCAAGCACUUCUGCUAAGUGCUGGAUUUCCGGAAGAAACUCUUUGCCCUACACAGUUAAAUUAUCAAGCUGGUGCGGAUGUUCGUCUGGACACAAUUACGGCAUUAUUAUGUAUGGGUCUUUACCCGAAUGUUUGCUAUCAUAAAGAAAAAAGAAAAGUUCUGACUACUGAAUCUAAAGCUGCCUUAAUUCACAAAACAUCAGUUAACUGCAGUAACUUUGAACAAAAUUUCCCAUUUCCAUUUUUCGUAUUUGGAGAAAAGAUCCGUACAAGAGCAGUAUCUUGUAAACAAAUGACCAUGGUAUCACCUAUUCAUCUAUUAUUAUUUGGUUCUCGGAAGGUUGAGUAUGUCGACAAUAUAGUAAAACUGGAUAAUUGGAUCAAUUUAGAUAUGAAUCCUAGUCAUGCAGCAGCGAUAGUAGCUUUACGACCAGCAUUAGAAAGUCUUGUCGUGAAAGCUGCAAAAGAACCAGAAACUAUUCUAGAAUUAAGUCCUAACGAAGAAAAAGUAUUAAAUGUGAUCAAGUCACUAUGCGGAAUGAAUGCUUGCCGGUAUGAAUUGGACCAGAUAACAGGUGGUGGUUUUUAUUUACGAAGGCCACCAAGGGGAUACUUGACUGAUUUUUAUUCAGAUAGUGGUAGUCCUACAAAAAUAAUGCGUGGAGGUGGUAGUUAUCGUGGAGGUUCUUUUACUGGAGGUAGUAGUAGUGGCGGGUAUUCAAGACAUAACAAUUAUAGCGGAUACAGAGGCAAUGGUAAUAGAGGAUACGGAAUGAGUAAUUCGCGUGGAAGAAGUGGUGGUAAUUGGGUUAGUAGAGGAAAUUUUCGUGGUCGUUAUUAA